UCGGCGGUAAUCCCAGCUGCCCAUAGGCCUGACCCUACGCACUCCCACCCACCUCCUCCCAAACCAACACCCCCCUCGCCCCGAAAAAUCUUAACGAACCCACUGAGCUGUGCGGCCAAAGAGCUGCUUUACACUGGGGCGCUAAUCUAAAGUCAUCUGAACUAAUCCCCAGCAGCAGCAGAAGAAGCAGCAGCAGUGGUCAAGACACUCGUUGGUUGGAGAUGAGUGAUGUGGAAGAUGAAGAUCUGCUGCCAGAGCUUUCCACCUGACAGACCUGACUCACAGAUACCGAAGAGGAGUGCUGACUGAUGGAUGCCCUCGUGGACAGAGGAGACGCGAGAAGACAGAGCUGGAUAGGAACUGGUCUAAAGUUACAACUCUUCUGCUAAAGAGCUGCAGUUUUAGAAGUCAUCGCUGUUGUCUUUGUUUUUCUUCCUCUUUUUUUUUUGUUUGUGAUGACGAUCCGAGUCCGAGCAGCACCAAUGUUCCGUCAAUGUGACUGAUUGAUCCAGUAGAUGAACAGUAAAGAUUAAGAGGAUGACAAAUGAGCAUGCUGCUUACACAGCGCGUGGGGCUAAUCCUAACCCCUCCACCCCCCCGGGGCUCCCUUUUGAGGAGCUGCCACCGAGAAGUACCCACAGACAGUGACAGAGGGAGGACACACAACCUGUUGACUUGCAACAAGUGGGAGCUCGAGCUCAUGACAGGACCCCAACCCAUCUGCAUCUCCACACAGUAGAGGAUCUGCAGGGAACUCGACCUACCAUCUGCCCACUGGGGACCACUGGAGGCCUGACAGUGACACACUUCUGUCCUUUCGUGAAAGGAACUUGAACUUUUUGUCUGUCAUCCGUGGACAAUAUAUCUUAAAAUAUUUAAAACUCCAGAGAAGAGGACUAACAAUUUGAAAAACAAAGUUUGAUCAAUCUUCAUUCAUCACCACUCCGGGGGACAUUUUUGUUCCAAAUAUGAUGGAGGAUCACCUGUCGAAGAUCCCCAUGAUCAUGUCGUCCGCUUCCCCCACUGAGUCCUCUGGGAGCGGCGGGACUGACGACAACAGAGGAGCCAAGAGUCCGGCCCCGGGGAAAGCUCUGAGCCCAGCUCUGGUCUGCAAAGUGUGCGGAGACACCAGCAGCGGGAAACACUACGGCAUCUACGCCUGCAACGGCUGCAGUGGCUUCUUCAAACGCAGCGUGAGGAGGAGGCUCAUUUACAGGUGCCAGGCCGGUACAGGCAUGUGUCCAGUAGACAAAGCUCAUCGCAACCAGUGCCAGGCGUGUCGGCUGAUGAAGUGCUUGCAGGCAGGCAUGAAUAAAGAUGCGGUGCAGAACGAACGUCAGCCUCGCAGCACAGCUCAGGUCCGUCUGGACUCCAUUGACGUGGACCCUGAGAAGGAGCACCUGGCCACUACACGAGAGCCCACCUCCUCUUCCUCAUUGUCUUCUUCCUCUUCCUCCUCCUCCUCCUCCUCCUCCUCCUCUUCCUCCUCCUCCACUGCGUCUGUCAUCACAUGGCCACACAUCACCUCCUCCAUGUCUAUCACCUCCUCGGUCACCCCCCAGUGCUGCGUCAGUCCCCAGAACAACCACCGCUUCAUGGCCAGCCUCAUGACAGCCGAGACCUGUGCCAAGCUGGAGCCCGAGGACGUUGACGAGAACAUCGACGUGACCAGCAAUGAGCCGGAGCCAGCGUCCUCAGAGUACCACAUGGCUCUGUACCCGUCCAGCUCUGAAAAUGUCUACGAGACCUCGGCGAGGCUGCUCUUCAUGUCAGUGAAGUGGACCAAAAACCUGCCGGUGUUUUCCAACCUGCCCUUCAGAGACCAGGUGAUCCUGCUGGAGGAGGCGUGGAGUGAGCUCUUCCUGCUCUGUGCCAUCCAGUGGUCUCUGCCCCUGGACAGCUGCCCGCUGCUCUCUCUGCCCGACCUCUGCCCCGGCAUGCAGGGCAAAACCAGCUACACCAGCCUGGACCUGCGCCUCCUGCAGGAAGUCUUCAGCCGCUUCAAGGCGCUCGCCGUAGAUCCCACAGAAUUCGCCUGCCUCAAGGCCAUCGUGCUCUUCAAGCCAGAGACUCGUGGUUUGAAAGAUCCAGAACAAGGAGAGAACCUGCAGGAUCAGUCUCAAGUGAUGCUGGGACAGCACAUCCGUUCACACUAUCCCAAUCAGCCGGCCAGGUUCGGAAAGCUGCUUCUUCUUCUACCCUCUCUGCGUUUCGUGAAUUCAGAGCGGAUCGAGCUGCUGUUCUUCCACAGGACCAUCGGAAACACUCCCAUGGAGAAACUGUUGUGUGACAUGUUCAAAAACUGAAACCAUCAUGCAGUCGUCAAUGUUCUCCAGGUUCGGAGAGGUGAUAUUUGACAGAUAUUUGCUUUGUACUUCUGUAUACAUAUCAGAGAUUCUGCUGUGCGUGUUAUUUUUGUAAAAAGCCACUUUAUUAUUUGUUCUCAUCUGUUCUCAUCAUCAUGCUUGCUGUCUAUUUGUAUCAUAUUUAGACUUUUGUUUUGUGUCUGAGGUGAUUUACAGUCACAUUUCAUCCUUCAGCAUUUCAUUAUUUUUGUGUUUUUUUGUGACAGUGCAGAUCUUUUAUUGGUGAUAGAUGGACUGUAUAUCCCUGCUGUCAUUAAUGUGACUGUUUUAUUCAUGUUAUC